GUUCACUAACGCUACCCUGUCCCUCCCUCCCUUUCUCACUCUCAUUAUUGCUCUCGGUCUGGCUCACUUUUGCUCCAGCAUUCACCAGGUGAAGUCCUACUACUCCAGGAAACACUGUUGGACACCUGUAACUUGGUUGGCAACCGGUUCAGCUCAUCAAGUAAAGUCCUCUCCUUCUGAUAUCAUUUCCUGGAAAUCCAUCUUCCACAAGACUUUCCCUUGAGAAGAGCACGGCACAGUUUGGUGGUGGUCAGCAAGUAAAGAUGUCUCUCCCGUUGUCAGUGCUGAUAUGUCUGUCAGUUGUCCAGCUGUGUUUGGGAGAUCAGCCCGUGGAGGAAAUCAUCAAAACAAGAAAUGUGCCUCUUUUGGGAGGCUGGUCUGACAGGAAUCCAGAGUCAGCUGAGAUUCAGAAUGCAGCUAAGCAUGCUGUAAAGGCAUACAACACAGACUCCAACGGCAAGCGGAUGUUCAGACUGGUCUCAAUCACUUCUGCCGAGAGUCAGGUGACCAACGUGAUCAACUUUAAGAUUGAUGCAGUCCUGGGAAAAACUAAGUGUCUCAAGUCUGAAAACCAUGCCUUGAACAGCUGCAGUCUUGCAAAAAAGAAACUGAAGUGCCACUUUGUUGUGGCGUUUGAUCCCCGCCACGACACAUAUAAUGUGAAGAGACACAAGUGCAUGAAAAUUAAGGAGACGGUUUAACUUUUUAACUGACUGACCAUGUUUAUAGUUUUGCUCUUUAGCUUUGACUAACUUCUUGCUUUGACACAGUGCUGAUGUGUUGAAAUGUUUUCCAGCUCAGUUAAAGUGGUGGAUGUGAGGGUUGGUAGGUUAACAAUUUAUAAAAAUGGCCUUAAUAAAGUUAGUUUUAAAAAGUG